AUGGUGGAAGCUAGUAAAGAUGUAGUAGCAGUUGAUGCCUGUUCAACAGAAGACUGGUUGUUGCAUGCACAGGAACUUGUUCCUGUGGUUCUUGCUAAGGCAAGAGAGGUAAAGGGGUUCCCGGGUAGGUGGAAGAUGAUCAUUUCAAAAUUGGAGCAGAUUCCGUCCUGUUUAUCGGAUUUGUCUAGCCACCCUUGUUUCUCCAAGAAUGCUCUUUGCAAGGAGCAAUUGCAGGCUGUGUCAAAGACACUUAAAGAAGCCACGGAAUUGGCUGAGUUGUGUGUGAAGGAAAAGUACGAGGGUAAGCUUCGGAUGCAGAGUGAUCUUGAUGCAUUAACGGGGAAAUUGGAUUUGAAUUUGAAGGAUUGUGGUCUCUUGAUCAAGACCGGUGUGCUCGGUGAAGCUACUUUGCCGUUAACCGUGUUAGGUUCUAUGGCAGAAUCAGAUAUUGCAACACACAACAAUAUAAGAGAACUACUAGCGCGCCUUCAGAUUGGUCACUUGGAAGCAAAGCACAAAGCGUUAGACAGGCUCUAUGAUGUUAUGAAAGAGGAUGAGAAGAAUGUUUUGGCUGUUCUUGGCAGGAGCAAUAUUGCUGCUUUGGUUCAAUUGCUCACAGCAACCUCUCCAAGGAUAAGGGAGAAGACCGUUACUGUUAUAUGUUCUCUUGUGGAAUUGGGGACCUGUGAAAAGUGGCUAGUUUCUGAAGGAGUUCUGCCACCUCUUAUUAGACUUGUUGAAUCUGGUAGUGCUGUCAGUAAAGAGAAGGCUACAGUAUCUCUUCAGAGAUUGUCAAUGUCAGCAGAAACAACUCGUGCAAUUGUUGGACACGGUGGUGUUCGGCCCUUGAUUGAGCUUUGUCAAAAUGGUGAUUCUGUGUCACAGGCUGCUGCUGCCUGUACUUUGACAAAUGUAUCAGCUGUUCCUGAGGUGAGACAGGCUUUGGCUGAAGAAGGUAUUGUGAGGGUUAUGAUCAAUCUUCUUAAUUGUGGAAUUUUAUUAGGUUCCAAAGAGUAUGCUGCUGAGUGCUUGCAGAAUCUCACUUCAAGUAAUGAGCAUUUAAGAAAGUCUGUUAUAUCAGAAGGUGGUGUCAGGAGUCUUCUGACCUAUCUUGAUGGUCCACUUCCCCAGGAAUCUGCAGUUGGAGCAUUGAGGAAUCUGGUUGGAUCAGUUUCUGAGGAAACUUUGGUUUCUCUUGGUUUGCUUCCCCGUUUGGUUCACGUUCUGAAGUUCGGAUCUUUAGGUGCUCAACAAGCUGCAGCUUCUGUUAUCUGUCGAGUUUGCAGCUCAAUGGAGAUGAAGAAAAUGGUUGGUGAAGCUGGCAGCGUCCCUCUUCUCAUAAAGAUGCUUGAGGCCAAAGCUAAUGCUGCUAGAGAGGUUGCUGCUCAAGCAAUUUCAAGCCUGAUGGUUCUGUCCCAGAAUCGGAGAGAGGUUAAGAAAGAUGAUAAAAGUGUGCCAAAUCUUGUCCAAUUGCUUGAUCCAAGCCCUCAGAACACUGCCAAAAAAUAUGCAGUUUCAUGCCUUGGAUCACUUUCCCCAUGCAAGAAAUGUAAGAAGCUAAUGAUUUCGUAUGGAGCAAUCGGGUAUCUGAAGAAGCUUACAGAGAUGGAGAUUCCAGGAGCUAAAAAGCUACUCGAGAGGUUGGAAAGAGGGAAAUUGAGAAGCUUGUUCAGCAGAAAGUAG